UGCGGGGCCGCCGAGCGCGGGGGAGCAGCGGCCGCCGGCGCGGGGCGGGGGGUGGGGCGGGACGGCGCGCCGCCGCGGGUGCUGGCGCUGGGCGCCAGGGUCGGCGCGGUGCCUCUGCCCUUCUGCAGCCGUCGACAUUUUUUUUUCCUUUCUUUUUUUUUUUUUUUUUUUUUUUUUGCAAUUUUGAACAUUUUGCAAGACGAGGGGUUCGAGGCAGGUGAGAGCAUCCUGCGCGUCGCCGGGGAACCCGCGGGCACUUGGCGCGCUCUCCUGGGACCGUCUGUACUGGAAACCCGAAAGUUCUUUUUUUUUUUUAAAUACAUAUUUUUAUGUAGAUGUAUUUAUAAGGCUAUAAGUAAUUUUUUUCUUCCCUUGUCUCCACCGCUUUGCAAGCGAGUACUUUUGGCAAAGGACGCAGGAAAAGCUCAGCAACAUUUUGGGGGGGGCGGUUGAUUUUUUGUUUUUGUUUUUGGAGGAAAAAUAAUUGAGUACAUCGCGAUGGAGAAAAUGUCCCGACCGCUCCCCCUGAACCCCACCUUUAUCCCGCCUCCCUACGGCGUGCUCAGGUCCCUGCUGGAGAACCCGCUGAAGCUCCCCCUUCACCACGAAGACGCAUUUAGUAAAGACAAAGACAAGGAAAAGAAGCUGGAUGAUGAGAGUAACAGCCCGACGGUCCCCCAGUCGGCGUUCUUGGGGCCCACCUUAUGGGACAAAACCCUUCCCUAUGACGGAGAUACUUUCCAGUUGGAAUACAUGGACCUGGAGGAGUUUUUGUCAGAAAAUGGCAUUCCCCCGAGCCCGUCUCAGCACGACCACAGCCCUCACCCUCCCGGGCUGCAGCCGGCUUCCUCCGCGGCCCCCUUGGUCAUGGACCUCAGCAACCGGGCCUCUGCACCCAUUCACCCUGGCAUCCCGUCUCCAAACUGUAUGCAGAGCCCCAUCAGACCAGGUCAGCUGUUGCCAGCAAACCGCAAUACACCGAGUCCCAUCGAUCCUGACACCAUCCAGGUCCCGGUGGGUUAUGAGCCAGACCCGGCAGAUCUCGCCCUCUCCAGCAUCCCUGGCCAGGAAAUGUUUGACCCUCGUAAACGCAAGUUCUCCGAGGAAGAACUGAAGCCACAACCCAUGAUUAAGAAAGCUCGCAAAGUCUUCAUCCCUGAUGAUCUGAAGGAUGACAAGUACUGGGCAAGGCGCAGAAAGAACAACAUGGCGGCCAAGCGCUCCCGCGACGCCCGGCGGCUGAAGGAGAAUCAGAUUGCCAUCCGGGCUUCGUUCCUUGAGAAGGAGAACUCGGCCCUCCGCCAGGAGGUGGCUGACUUGAGGAAGGAGCUGGGCAAAUGCAAGAACAUACUUGCCAAGUAUGAGGCCAGGCAUGGGCCCCUGUAGGAUGGCAUUUUUGUGGGCUGGCUUUUGAAUAGAUGGACAGUUUGUUUCCUGUCUGAUAGCACCACACCCAAACCAACCUUUCUGACAUCAGCACUUUACCAGAGGCAUAAACACAACUGACUCCCAUUUUGGUGUACAUCUGUGUGUGUGCGCGUGUGUGUGUGUGUGUGUGUGUAUGUGUGUGCUUGUGCUCAUGUGUGUGGUCAGCAACAUGUGUGUGUGUGCGUGCGUGUUCCUUUGCACUUGCCAUUUUAAGAUAGCCCUCUCAUCGUCUUUUAGUUCCAAAAAAGAAAGGUGCCAUGUUUUUACUAGACUUUGGAGCCCUCGCGUGGGGUUCCCGCCCUCACCCUUCUUCUCCACUCCUGCCCUUUCCGCGUUGCUCCGUGUUCGAGCUUACCUACUCCUCCAGGACUCUCUGCUCGGAUUCACUAAGAAGGGCCCUGCUUACACAGUGGAUCUCAGUUUUUAAGAGUACAAGCUCUUGUUUCUGUUUAAUCUGUAAGUUACCAUGCUAAUAAGGUGCACAAACUAACUUAGCACUACACUGCAGCUCUCUUCCUUUAUAGGUUGCUUUCUUCUUCUUUUCAGUUUUGGUGAUAAUUGUCUUCAAAUUUAAAGUGCUGUUUAGAUUUAUUAGAUCCCAUAUUUACUUACUGCUAUCGACUAAGUUUCCUUUUCAAUUCUACCAACCCCGGAUAUGAAAGAGUACUAUUAUAGAACACAGAGUGUGUUUUUGCACUGUCUAUACCUAAAGCAAUAAUCCUAUUGUACGCUAGAGCAUGCUGCCUGAGUAUUACUAGUGGACGUAGGAUAUUUUCCCUACCUAAGAAUUUCACUGUCUUUUAAAAAACAAAGUUAAAGUAAUGCAUUUGAGCAUGACCAGAACAUCCCUAGGACAAGGAAGCAGAGGGAAACGGGAGGCCUAAGAAUGAGGGGUUAAUUUAUCAGUACAUGAGCCAAAAAAUGCAUCUUGGACUAGCCUUUGACAUUGAUAUGUUUGGUUUUGUUGUCUCCCCUCUCCCACCCCCCCAUCCCACCCCCACUUUUCUAGUUAACUUUUUCCAUAUCCCUCUUGAUAUUCAAAACAAUUCAAUUACUUAAGAUUCAGUUUUCCCAUUUUGUUGGUAAUACAUAUAUUUUUGUGAAUUAUACUUUGCUGUUUUUCAAAAAGCAGUUAAUUAAGUUAAGUUGCUGUUUUUGUAAGACCCUUUCUCCUAGUGGUGUCAUUUUUGAAUGCCUCAUAAAUUAAUGAUUCUGGAGCUUAUGUUUCUUAUUCUCUGUUUGCUUUUGAACGUAUGUGCUCUUAUAAAGUGGACUUCUGAAAAAUGAAUGUAAAAGACACUGGUGUAUCUCAGAAGGGGAUGGUGUUGUCACAAACUGUGGUUUAAUCCAAUUAAUUUAAAUGUUUACUAUAGACCAAAAGGAGAGAUUAUUAAAUUGUUUAAUGUUUAUAUACAGAGUAAUUAUAGGAAGUUCUUUUUUGUACAGUAUUUUUCAGAUAUAAAUACUGACAAUGUAUUUUGGAAGACAUAUAUUAUAUAUACAAAAGAAAAAAAGGAGAACUAUUCCAUGUUUUAAAAUUAUAUAGCAAAGAUAUAUAUUCACCAAUGUUGUACAGAGAAGCAGUGCUUGGGGGUUUUUGACGUGUUUAAUAUUUUAAGCCUAUCACUGACACAUCAGCAUGUUUUCUGCUUUAAAUUAAAAUUUUAUGACAGUAUCGAAGUUUGCCAUGACGCAUCCUGCUCCGAAAUACAUAAGGAGCUCUCUCGUUUCUUAUUAGGGCCUUCAGAAAGAAGUCAGCGAAAAUCACCCAAAAGCACAAAAUGGAUUUUAGUCAAAUAUUUAUUGGAUGAUACAGUGUUUUUUAGGAAAAGCAUCUGCCACAAAAAUGUUCACUUCAAAAUUCUGAGUUCCUGGAAUGGAGCGUCACUGCCAGUGCCCCAAACAGUUCUGUUCCGGUCUGGGGGCCCGUGCGUCCUACGCAGUGUGAGGUUGAUGUCGGUGCUAUGUGUGUGGUUCGUGAUUCGAUAGGCGUUUUGACUUUAAAGAUGAUUGUUCCUUUGUUUCAUUAAGUUGUAUAACGUCAAGAGAUUCCGCUAUUACCGCAAAGAGACAUUUUGUGCUAGAUUAAAAUACCCUUUCCUCAAUGGAAUUUUCUA